AGGAUGAGGAGACCGGAGCCUGCUCCCCAGGGCUGGAUGUGUGGGCUGCCUUUGCGCCUUCCUUCCUGCCAGCGCGUGGGGCACACACAGCCUUCAGGGAAGUGUUUUGCAAUCACCUUUUCUUCGGAGCUUCGGAGCAAUUAACGACACUGGGUUUGAGGAACUAACGGCAAAAGCAACAUGCUGGAGCCUGGACGGGACACUCUGAUCUCCCGGGGGCCCGGGCCCGUCCUGAGGGCGAGCAGCACACUCGGGGCUGCAUGCACCGGGCGCUGAGAUGAGGUGAUGCCAAAGCCCCAGACAAGAUCGUGGCCGAGCGCAGGGACAGGGGAAUGAUGCUGCCAUCCUCCCUGCUCGUCCUGCUGCUCCUGGGUGGAGCACAGGGCUGCGGUGAGGUGCGGGUGGAGCCCCCCACGGUGCUCCUGGGAUCCCCUGUCACAGCCUCCUGCCGUGUCCAGCAGGCCCUGUGCCAUGGGUGGCAUGCAAGCUCCUUGGGGACAAGCACAGCCCAGAGCCUUGGCGGAGGCUUGGAGGGGGGCAUCCGGCUGAUGUGGAAGCUGGACAACAAGACCCUGCCCGGGACCCAGUACUGGAGUGCAAAUGGGACGGUCGAGUCCAUCCUCACCAUCGCCCACGUCAGCUGGACCAGGGCUAAGCUGCGGUGCUACUUGGCGGGGAUGGGGACAGGGACAAAGACGGAGACGCCCCAGCUCAUCGCCACAGCCGACAUCCAAGCGGGCCACCUACCCUCGAAGCCCCACAACCUGACGUGCAUGAUGAACCUCCGUGAGAUGUCCCUGACAUGUCGCUGGGAUCCCGGAGCAGAGAGCCUCCUGCCGACUGAGACCAUCCUGAAGAGCCGCAAGACCUGCAGAGUGGUCACAAAGGCCAUCCAGGAGUGCCGCCCAUUGCUGCCAGGGGAGAACCACUGCACCCUGCCGCACCAGCACCUGCAGCUCUACCAGGACAUGGAGUUCUGGGUGUGGGUGCGCAACCCCCUGGGCACGGCCGAGUCCGAGCACCUGUGCCUCGACCCCACCGAUGUGGCCAAGCUGGACGCCCCCACCCUGAUGAGCGUGCAGCCCUUCCAGCCCAACUGUGUGGCCGUGGCCUGGGACGUGGCCCGCAGCAGCGCCUACAUCGAGCAGCAGUGCGAGCUGCGCUACCGGAGGGACAAAGAGCUUGCCUGGACACUGGUCUCCGGCAUCAUCAGCUCCAACCAGAAGGUGCAGCACUGCGGCCUGCUCUUCGGGAUGCCGUACCGCCUGCAGAUGCGCUGCCGGCGCAAGACGUUCCCCAGCUACUGGAGCGAGUGGAGCACAGAGCAGGGCUUCACCACCCACGAGAAAGCCCCUGCAGGGAAACUGGACGCCUGGUGGCAGGUGACACCUUCAGGCUCCCGGCAGCGAGCCGAGGUGCAGCUGCUGUGGAAGGCCCUGGCAUGGCAGGAGGCGAACGGCAGGAUCCUGGGGUACUGGGUGGCGCUGAGCCCGCAGCAGAGGGGCAGAGUGCCGACCACUGUCUGCAACACAACAGAGAUGGGGUGCAACUUCUCUGUGCCCGCUGGCGUGCGCAGCGUCUACCUGGCAGCCUACAAUGCCGCCGGCAAGGGGCCCCCCACCGAGGUCAUCUUCCUGGAGAGGAGAGGUAGGCACCGCCACGGCCUGGCAGCUCCCGCCUGCCCACGGGGGCAGAGCCCCCCACCCCCACUGCCCAGCCCAGAAGGCCGGUGGCCCCCAGCCUGGCCAGCAGACCCCGGUGGCCGUCUCGGCUGGCAGGUGGAGCACAACCACAGUGCAACCGGGGCCCUGAUCCAAGAUGGCAUCGAGCCCUUCCGACGGUACAACAUCUCUGUGUACCCUCUGUACGUGGAUGCCGUGGGGGUGCCACGACACACAGCAACCUACUCCCAGCAGAAGGCUCCCUCGCACACCCCAAAACUGCACCUUAGGAGCAUCAGCAAGUACCAGGCUGAGCUCAGCUGGCAGCCAGUGCCCACGGAGCUGCAGAAUGGCUUCAUCACCAAUUACACCAUCUUCUGGGCCAGCACCUCUUCCAACAUGUCCAGUGCCGUCGUGGACUCUGAUGUCCAGGCCUUCACCAUCAGACCCCUGAAGCCUUCCACCACAUAUAAAGUGCACAUCAUGGCUUCCACUGUGGCAGGCAGCACCAACGGCACCAUCCUCAUGCUCACGACCACAGCACUGGACAUCACCGAGAUCCAGUUCCUUCUGCUGUGCCUCAGCCUCAUCUUUGUCCUGCUCAUUGUAUUCACCGUCUGCCUCCAAAAGAAUGGGAGGAUGAAGAAGCAGUUCUGGCCCAGAGUUCCUGACCCCGUCAACAGCAGCCUCGGCAAGUGGGUGCCCGCAGACCUGCAGCAGGUGAGCACAGGCCAGGCCACGGGAGCAGCUCCUGGCUGCCGUCCCGCCCAGUGCCCCGCGCCCCACGAGCCCAGUCCCACCCCACGCCAUGCUCGGGAGGCACCCGGGCGCCACAGGGACGGGCAGGGUCGCAGUGCCAUGGUGGGGGGCUCCCAGCGGCAGGACGGCAGCCACCCCGCCAGGCCCCUCGCACGACAUCCCAGGGCCCAGUCGCGCACGGGCUCACGGGCACUCAGGAUCAGGCCCAGGGUGAGGGGCGGCCGCGUCCCGGGGCAGGGGGACAGGAGGCAGCGCCGGUACUGCUUUCCCCCAGCUGGCAGCCCCCUGGUGCAGGCCGCGCGCGCGUACGCCAGGCCGGUGCGGAGAAGGAGUCAAGAGCUCCCCAGCCACUUGGAUGAUAUUCCUCCUACCAUGCUGAGGAAAGAGUAUGCCGGCCUCCCCAUAAUAGACAAGGCUGAUGAUGUAGUGAAAAAAAUACUUUCGCUGGAAAUGGCUGGUCAGAGAGAGAAGGUGAAGAUCAAGAUGGAGCAGUUAGCAGAGAAGGUCAGGAGGGCUCCUAAUGACAAUGGUUCCUGCGAGGUACAAGUUGCAUAUCUGACGGCCAAGAUCCGCAGUUACCAGGAGCACCUCCAGAAACACCCCAAGGACACACGGAAUCGGCGCGUGAUGCUAAUGGCCAUAGACCAGCAGCAGAAGAUGCUCAAGUACCUGCGUUGCACCCGCUAUGAUAUCUUUGAGAACACAUGCAAGCAGCUGGGCAUUGAGUACACGUUCCCACCACCCUAUCACAGGAAAGUGACCAGGUUGUGGCUGGCGAAGAAGGCUUUCUGUCUCAAGGUUUUUGAAGAGGUGCAGAAGCUGAAAGCACCAGAGAGACUAAAGCAGAGACGAAAGUGGCAGGAAAAAGCCAGGGCUGCAAGGGAGCAAGCGCAGCAGAGGGAUGGAACCCCGGUGUAGCCAGCAGUCUGACCUGGGGGGGGGGUGAAAAGUGACUGUUCUCUCCAAAAACAAUAAAGUAUUUUAAAGCCUUU